UGAAAAAAAAAUAACAAUAAUUAUACCUAUACGAAAAAAAAGGGAAAAUAAUAAUAAUAAUAGUAAUAAUAGGCAACGUCAACAACAAUACAUAUAGCGUACAUGGCGUCUCGCAGACACGAUCCCAACAACGCCGAAACGCUCAGGAUGUCCACCUUACAGGCCCGGCACAGGGGCCACAACAUACCCGACGGCGUGACCACGUUCAACGAGAUCGAGUAUGACCGCGAGGGCGGAGUGUUCCUCAACAGGACCAAACUCGUGUUGUUGGUCAUCAUCGUUUUCCUGUUGACCGCGUUUUCGGCGUUUCUCGGACGGUACACGGCCGAACGGCAAAUGAGACAGUACAUAUAUCGUGAUUCGUUCGUAAAGAAGGCUGACUCGGGCGUUGCGGACAGUCAAAUACCAUUUUUGGCCGUCGAGCCAGAGAGUUACAAGGUUUUUUUGGACCCGAAGUUGUAUGCCGCCGAUGGGACGGUUUCCAAACACGACGUCGAUUACAGCGGCAGAGUGGAAGUAAUUUUCCGGCCCAAGACCGAUACGUCCGUUAUUAGCUUGCACGUGGGACUUUUGAAAAUCGACGGCGACACGAUGUUAAAGCGCAGACUGAGCAUGGACACGCCGACCGAACAAGUCCUCAAAGAUGAUUCCAAAUACGAGCUCAACACCGAGGUAGACGAAAGCCAGGAAACACUGACGGUCACCGUCGGUGAAACUCUUAAAUCCGGACAUUACUACAGUUUGUUCGUGAACUUCACGGGCACCAUCGGCCAGAAUCCCGAAGGAGGAUUUUUUAAGGUAGUUUUUGAUAAAAAGGAAGCUGUCAAAAACCAAUGGUAUGUGGCCACGAAGUUAGCUCCUCGCAAGGCAAGACAUUUAAUGCCCUGCGUGGAUAAUCCUAAGCACAAAGCCAUUUUCGAAAUGAGCGUGGUCAGAAGCAAGGACACUAGGGUUAUUUUUAACACCAAAGUUAGAGCAACGGAACCAUACAAUGACAAUCUAUUCGUAGAUCAUUUCGAGAAAACUGGACUUAUCAGACCGGACUCUUUAGGAUUGUUUAUGUCAAACUUUAAGUCUAAUCCUAUACCAACAGACGGUUCAUUAGAACUGACAGUAUGGAGCCCCGAUUCUACUGAUUCCAUUGAAAUUAUCACAGACGUAGUACCAAAAACGUUGGAUUUCAUGACGUCUUAUUUGGCAACCAAUUUUCCGACCAACAAACUUGAUAUUGUGGUCGUACCUAGUGCGGUUAUGACUACAGCUGAAAGUCCAGGCUUAAUCAUGAUUAAAGAUUCAAUCUUAGGUACCAUACAUAAAUCAUCGAUUAUCGAGUACCAAAAAUCCGUUGAGUUGAUGGUCGUACACGUCAUCCGACAAUGGCUUAUGCCAUUACGAGGGCUUGAUCGAGGAAGUAAUGACGACAAAUGGUUGAACGAAGCUAUCGUGAAUUUUCUUAAAAUAGUAAACAUCGAUCACAUCAAACCAGCUUGGAAUUUCGGAACUAGAUUUCCUCUGGACACGAUUCAACCAGUUAUGUUUUACGACAGUUGGAUAAAUUCAGAGCCACUGGCUAACCAUGAACAUCAUACAGAAAUAUAUAAAUACAUAAGUUCUGUGAAAGGUACAUCAAUAUUGCGUAUGUUGAACAAUACAUUUACAGAAGAUAUUUUUAAACAAACUCUUAGAGAAUUUGUACACACGGAAAUUUACAAAUAUAAAGAUACAAUAAGUUUUUGGACGUUGUUGGACGAUAAUGCCAGAAACAAAUCCGUGAAAUUACCAGAAAGUUCUGCUGUCUUGCAAAUUGUGAAUACGUGGAUGAAAAACAAAAACUAUCCGUUGAUAAAAUUACAAAUCGAUGGCGAUGAUUUAGUUGUGAAACAAUUCCGAUUCGAUUACGACGAACUUAUACCCACCAACGAUUGGAUAAUACCAAUUACCUUGACUUGUGGCGCAGCGUACAGCACAACAGUAUGGUUGGAAAACAAUCCAGAAACCAGAGUGCCGGGAUAUAUUUCAGCAUCGAACGGCACGUGGAUAUUGGCCAACCAACACCAAACAGGUUACUACAGAGUGGCAUACGAGGAUACUCUCUUGGAUAGAAUAUCUUACGAGAUAAGUAAUGGCAAAUCAUUUGACGAGUACACCGUGGCACAGUUGGUUGGAGACAUUUUUGAAGGAGCCUUCGCCGGUGUUAUCGGAUUCAGCGAUGCCUUAGGAUUCCUAGAAAGGGUUAUUCAAAAAGCAGGUCCGUAUCCUGGAUACUGGCAUGCCAUUUUUAAUGCGUUCAAUAAAAUAGAGAUGGUGUUGCACAACACUAAACAUUAUGAUUCUCUUUCGGUAUAUAUGGAAAUGGUGGUUGAAAAAGCAUACGAUAUGUUUCAAACCAGUACAAUUGAUUCACCUGACAAAAUAUUAGGCAAAAUGGAUACGUUAAAUUUUGCUGGACGUGUUGAAUUGAAAAAAUGUGUCUGGUGGGCUAGAGAACAGUUUAAUGAUUGGAAGCAGACUACAACUGAUAUAAAUCCUAUCGCACCGAACGAUCGUAAAUCCGUUUACUGUACUGCCAUGCAAUAUGCCACCAAGUACGAUCAUAGAUUUAUGUUGAGUAAAUACACAAGUUCUAAAUGGGCGCCAGACAGAAAAUCCAUAGCCAAAAGCUUUUCGUGUUCGCGAAAUCCACAAUUUUUACAAAAGAUAUUGUCAGCGGAAGAAGUGAAAUUCGACGACUUGACCGACAUCUGGCAAUCGAUUUUAGAUAAUCCAACGGCAGGUCAAUACCCAUUCAAUUACUUGAGGAACAACUGGGAAACGUUAAAUCAAGAAUAUGCAGACACUAAUGUUGGGUUAUUGAGUACAAUGUUACAUGCAGGAAUCCGAGCUUUAAAUAGCCUAGCUGAUCUCGAAAUAUUACAAAGUUUUUAUGAAAAAUAUUUCGGGAACACCGUCGAAAACAGGAACCCAACAUUAUUGGAAGUCUUACAUCUCGAAGAAGAGAUACUGAGACAGAAGAUCACGUGGAAGGAAAAAUAUGAAAGCGUGAUAUCCAGCUGGAUAACUCCGAAGACAGCCAAGAGCGAUCUUAGGGUCUACAAGAUCGACGAAGGACAUGGUAAGACCGGAGAAAGCCAAACCGAAAACAACGUGAUAAAGCCGGGUGAAGAAAAACAAUCUGUCGGCGGUGUAAAAACCGAAGAGACCAACCGAGAAAGUAUUACUCUUCCCAAAACGGAAGCCCCCAAAGCAUACAAACCCGUGGUAGUCGAUGUGAACAAAAUACAAACUCCUUCGGUGGACACGGGUAAAAAACCUGAACCCGCAGCGGUGAUCGCCACCGACGAAAACGAACCGCCUACUGUGACUACAGCAGCCCAAGAAAGUACACUGGCUGCCGUAGAACAAAUCAAACCCGCCGCUAAAGAAAUAAAAACGGCCAUCGAUGAAGUCAAACCAGCCGCCACUGAAGAAAUAAAAACGGCCAUCGAUGAAGUCAAACCAGCCGCCACCGAAGAAAAUAAAACAGCUGAUGUAGAAAUCAACCCAGCCGCCGAAGAGAAGAAAACAGCUGAUAUAGAAAACAAACCAGCCGCUGAAGAGAAGAAAACGGCUGAUAUAGAAAACAAGCCAGCCGCUGAAGAGAAGAAAACGGCUGAUAUAGAAAACAAACCAGCCGCUGAAGAGAAGAAAACGGCUGCAGUAGAAAUUAAACCAGAAGCCGAAGAAAUUAAUAAGCCCGCAGCUGCAACGGCGGCCAAAUCUAGUAAGCCCGUGACAACCGAAGAUGAAAAACUUGCGAGCGAAACACAUGAAUCGGCACAUCCCGGAGUAAAUAGCCCCAACGAGGUGGCGAACGAUGAGAGAAAACCCGAAGCGCCCAAGAAAAGAAAUCGAAAAGAUUUAUUAAAACGAACAAUAAGGACAUAGAGAAGUGAACACGAGUGAAUAAAAACCACGAAUAAACAAUGCAAACUGUAUUAUAGUUUAUAAAUUAUAAUAAUAUUUAUCAUCGCACGUAAAAAUGUAAUCUCGCACCAACACG